CCCGUCGCCUCCUAUGCAAUUCCCACCCGCCCCGACCGCAACUGACAGCCAUUACAACCGUCCCUCGCCGGAGGACCUCCGAGCCCAGGAGGAGAUGCUUCGCGCGCUCCUCCGGCAGCCCGCGCCGUCCCCGGGCCCCCAAGGCAACGAUACCAGCAACAACCCCCCGGCCAACCCAUUCGGCGCAGGAGGAGAAGACGACCCGACCAUGAAACUCCUCAGCUCGCUCAUGGGCGGCCUGCCAGGCAACAUGCCAGGAAACAUGCCAGGCGGCGAACAACCACCCAACGCACCCGCCAACGCAGGGGGUCCUUCACCCGGCGAUCUCGCCUCCGCACUGGGCCUCCCACCUUUCGUGUCGAGCAUGCUGGGCGCUGCAACCCGACAGCAGACCGACGCGGAGAAGAAGCAGAUCUGGGCGUGGAAGGUCGCCCACGUGCUCUUCGCCUUCGCCGUCGGGGCGUAUCUGCUGUUUGUGGUGGGAGCGUCGAUCGCGACGUUUGGCAGCGGACCGCCGCCGCCGGCGACGGCCCAGAGCCCGUUCCUGUACUUUACGACCGGAGAGAUGGUGCUGUCGGGGGCGCGGGUGAUGAUGAAGGGACGGAAUGGCGGGGCUGGGGGGUUGGCAUUGGGGGUGCAGCUGUUUCGCGAUGUGUUGCGUGAUGGCAGUAUUGUGGUGUUUUUGUUGGGGAUGGGAGCUUGGUGGCAUCAGGAGUGGGUGGGUGUUUGAAUCAUUUUUUCCUCUACGAGAUGGUUAAUCCGGAGUUUCUUUUAUUGGCUACCUUCAAUACUGUUUACUUGAAUGAUCAGCCCAAGCUUAAUCUUAUGAAUUCGUCAAUGACAGCGUUCUACUCUAACGA